AACAGAUUGCGGAUCGCCGUUUGGCGUAAGCAGCAUUUUCUCAAGCACAACCUGCCCGGUUAGUUUUCAGCAGACAACUGAGACGGGGUUAAACAAUAAUGUGUAUGUAGAGUAAAAUAUAGUUUUUCAUUCCUACUUUACUGUAGCACUGUUUUCUGAUUUUAGGACAUUAUUUUAAUUGUAAAAAAUGUUAUAUAAAACUGGUAGGUAUGGAGGUAAUUUCGCCUUUGCCCUGCUGGUUAUCUUUAUGUCGUCGGCCGGAGUCCGCGGUAUUCAGGAAGAACAUAUUCCAGAGCAGCCUCAACAAGAGAAGUUGCCUACCCAGCAUCUUAUAGGCCCUGCAGUUGGUGAUGAUGUUGCCAUCAAAGGGAACCUGGGGUUUAUACAUGCCUUUGUGGCUGCAAUAUCUGUUAUCAUCGUCUCUGAGCUGGGUGAUAAGACCUUCUUUAUUGCAGCUAUUAUGGCCAUGCGCUACAAUCGUUUGACUGUGCUGGCAGGAGCAAUGCUUGCACUAGGGGUGAUGACUUGUUUAUCAGUUCUGUUUGGGUAUGCCACGACUAUCAUCCCCAGAAUAUAUACCUACUAUGUGUCGACAGCAUUGUUUGCCAUAUUUGGCAUCCGAAUGCUUCGAGAGGGGUUGAAAAUGAGUCCUGACGAGGGCCAGGAAGAGCUGGAGGAAGUUCAAGCAGAGAUUAAGAAAAAAGAUGAAGAACUCCAGAGAUCCAAGUUGGUGAACGGCAGCCCAGAUCUUGAAGCUGGGACAGGAAGCAUGAUGCCACAGAAGAGCUGGCACAGUAUAAUUUCUCCAAUCUUCGUUCAGGCAUUUACACUCACGUUCCUUGCAGAAUGGGGAGACCGGUCUCAGCUAACGACGAUUGUCCUGGCAGCAAGGGAGGAUCCAUUUGGAGUAGCAGUUGGUGGAACUCUUGGGCAUUGCUUAUGUACAGGACUUGCAGUAAUUGGAGGAAGAAUGAUCGCACAGAAAAUAUCUGUCAGAACUGUUACAAUUAUAGGUGGCAUUGUGUUCUUGGCAUUUGCAUUCUCUGCACUUUUCAUCAAACCGGAUGCUGGAUUUUAAUCUUGAAGUUUCAUCCCCAAGGUCAUGGGUGAAAACAGAAGAUUUUCUCCUGCAUAUAUGUAGAAUGGUUCUACUCUAGAAACAGCAGGCUAUACAUCCUGUUAAAGGUCUGAAUGUAUAUAGCACGGUUACAGUUCCAAUGUGUUUUUGUGAGUUUGCAACCCACUCACUGAAUCAGUGUGCUAUUUUCAGCCAUCUGAAAAAAAGUAGCAAAAUAAAUUAUUAGCCACCAACACUUGAAUUCUUAAACCCUGAAUACAAUAUAACUUCCAGAUGUUUUCCAUCAAUGUAUUUUUAUUUGUUUAAAAUAUUCAAACCAGUGUAAAGAGAUUUUUUUCUUUUUUUUAAACAACUUAUAUUAUGAUUUUUUUUAAGACUAAGUAUUACACGUCAGGGAAUUUUUACAUCGCUGGGUUGAAAACUUACAAGGUACAGUAACUACAUUGUCAAUAUUUGAUAAACUGCAGCAAACUGAAAAGAAAAAAUUGACUUAUUGUAAUCUUGCAGAAAACAUCUGCUUGUACACAUGUAAAAAAUGUUUAAAAGCCAACUGCCACAAUAAAGGUGAUGUGUUUGAAUUUA